AUGAGACUGUGGUUACAUCUUAUUGUAUCCCUUUCUAUUGCAAUAUUCCUCACAAAAAAAUUCACUUCUACGAACGAUGGCAGAACUGAUCAAUUGAGAUCAUUGAAAGAGUAUAUUGACCACGUCCUUCCAAUUACAGUGCCGGUCACCUUGGAGUUUGGAGACACUGGUUUCGCAUUUCCAGACUUAGUAAAGGCAACUCAGAUUCAAGUAGACUCCCAUUUGAAGAGUAUCGGUCAGGAGAGAUAUGAAGUUGUUUUAUUGGAUAAUCUUUACGUUGACCCACUACGAAAUAGUUCAAUAACUGCGGUUGAUCAUAACUCUACAUCCAACGACUAUGCAGUUGAAAUGGUCCACGCAAGCGAAAAUUUCGUGGUUAUUGACUCAAACAAGUUAAAAGCUUUCAAUUUUUAUAGCUCAGCCGCUAUACACGAGAACGAUAUACCCUAUUUUGUUGCUCAAUGCAUACUAUACCAUUUACUAAGGACUGACCUAAGUCUCUUACAAAGACCCAACGCUACAGUUUACCUGCCACAAUUACAUGUAAACUUGGUAAGCGUUUUCUUGAAUGGAGAUGAUUAUAUUGACAUUCCCACUGAAGAGUACAAAAGAGAAGUUCUCCACGACUUUUUGAAAGAGGUUUCAUAUUACUGCUCGGUAAAAGUGCAAUGCCACACAUUGAAUUCCACUGAAAAUUCGAUUACGGAUGAUUUACGGCAGUUUGAGUCAAAAGACACACUAAACCUCAUAUAUUCUCAUGUGAGCAACAAAUAUCGAUUACUGAACCUUUUGCCUAGCCAUGACAUUUCUUACUUUGAUUUUAGAGAGCCAGUAGUCACCAGACAAGAUCUUUGGCCCUUCUUGUAUCAUGUUCGCAAUGCAAUUGCCUCAUACUUGGAAUUGCCUGCCUUUCCCAGAGACAACAUACGAAUGAAACUUUGGGCGAUGAAGAAGCACAACACAAUCAAGUUCCUUCUGGAAACUGUGACAACCUUACAGCAAUUUGACCGCAGCUGCAAUACCAGCAGCAUGAGUCGCAAGAAAUAUCAAUCAGAAGUCGAAGAAAUCGUUGGUACCAUUGCAAGCUUUAAUAACAACAAGACACAGCCCAAUUGGGACAUUUUAUUCCAAAGAUCAUGGACUGUUCUAACGAAUGCCCAGCAUGUCUCAGCCGAGUGUUCUGUGGUUCAGUGA